CGUCGUUCUCCUCGUCGUCGUCGUCGACCGCACCACUCUUCGCAGCUCCAGCUGAAGCUCGCGUUGCUUGCUUGAAGUUGAAGGUUCCCCUUGGAACAGAGGAAGCAAGGUGAAGCCUACUGAAGCCUCACUCUACAUGCUGCUGCCUCAGCCCAAACCCCAAGGGAUUUUGUGCCUCGAUCUCGUAGGUAGUUGGCGGAGUUAGAGGGAGAGCGUGGCCGCAUUUUGUGCCGCGCACUGGUCCUUUGUUCAGGUGUUGGAGGCAUCGGAGGAGCAAUGUCGUACCAGGAUGAGCAGAGCGAGGACUAUUUGUUCAAGGUGGUGCUUAUCGGUGACAGCGCAGUCGGGAAAUCCAACCUUCUUUCUCGGUAUGCGAGAAACGAGUUUAACUCCAACUCCAAGGCGACCAUCGGUGUGGAGUUUCAAACGCAGUCCAUGGAAAUCGAUGGCAAGGAGGUGAAGGCCCAGAUCUGGGACACGGCUGGCCAGGAACGCUUCCGCGCCGUCACUUCCGCCUAUUACCGUGGUGCCGUCGGGGCACUCAUCGUCUUCGACAUCACCCGUCGCGGCACCUUCGAGAAUGUUAGUCGCUGGCUUGACGAACUUAAAGUUCAUUCCGAUUCAAGCGUGGUUGUAAUGCUUGUUGGGAAUAAGAGCGAUCUUGCACACAUACGGGAGGUUACUGUGGAAGAAGCGACAGCUCUGGCAGAGAAUAAUGCUAUGUCCUUCAUGGAGACAUCUGCUUUGGAGUCUGUGAAUGUGGCCGAAGCUUUCCAGACUGUACUUAAAGAGAUUCACAAGAUAGUUAGUAAGAAAGCCUUAACAGCAGACCCUAAUAAGUCUAACACAGUUGUUGCAAGUGGUCAAAGAUUGGCUGGGGGAGAUGACACAACACCAAGGACGGGUGGGUGCUGCUCGUAUUAGUGCGGUGCUUGUUUUAUUUUUAUUUUUAGUUUACUACUCUCGUUCCAUUUUCUUUUCUUAAUUUAAAUCCCUCAGCAAGAGUGUUGAACGGGAGGAUAUUAGUUUGUAGCUUAAGAUUCUAUUGUCGAUGCAUGCAAUUCCGUCUAGGAAUAAGCAUGGAAGAUUCCUUAAGAAUGCAUUUUGAUAGCUUUCACACUAUGAAUCUUAAGCUACAGAGAUUAUUAGUUCUGAUUAUGCGGACUAAGGGCGAUUGUAUUGAAAUACGACGAUUGUAAGCAUGAUACAGUUUGUGGCUUGUAA